AUGGCCAAAUCGGCAAAAGCUUUUGGUGGUAUAGAGUGGACUUCCAAGGGCGGUUCAAACUCUUCAAAGAGCUUAAGUCCAAGAUCUGACCGCAGCUUCGCAAGUUCCAUGGAGAAGAUUGGUCAAGAGUCUCCACACUCGAAGACAGCCUUUGCUCGACUUACAUACCACUUGAGAAAUUUGCCUAGCUUGUAUGUUGCAGAGGUGGAAACCUUCUCUGAUGUCUCUCAGGCUCGAUCGAUGCCCCAAGGAGACAAUGACAGCCAGACUCACAUCACCAAACCGGAUUGGGAGCAGGUCCGAAGCCGCAGGCUCAGAAUUGAAGCAUUGCGCGAGCUUUCCGAAAAGCUGUCCACUGACUCCAACGUUCCAGAUAUCGUUACUGAAGUCAUGGCUUUCAACGCAUCGGCAGGGCAGUUCACUGAUCACAUAAUCGUCCCACUCCAUGGUCAGAGCCCGGAGUCUAUCAAAGCCAUCAAGCAUGCUCUAGGGGCAAAGACCGUGAAGCUCGAACGAACAAAGAAAUUUUUCAUGGCUGAGAACAGUCCGGACAAUGAGCCUGUUCCUGGAGACAUCAGUUGUAUGAUCAUGGAAGGUCGAACUUGCACAGAGAACACGCUAUCCACCUUGUACUGGAAGAGUCUUGCAGUUCUCAUUCGCAAGCGCGCAACCACCACUCCGACCACAAAGAGCGGGAUCAAUCACGAGUUCCUUGAAGCCUGGCCUCUGGACGGAGAUCAUGCAAAGAUUGCACCAUCCUGUCACGCUAAGACCGACACAAAGUAUGAUGUCCUGCUACGCAACAAGUUGUCUGUCGAUGAAGCGCGCAAGGUCCUUCACUUGAACUACGAUGUUGUAGUAAACGUCCCUCAACAACCACUUCACAUCACGCUCUUCGAUUUCUUUGGCGUAGACUCGAUCGACGAGAAUGACUGGGUGAAUAUACUCACGAUCACCAAGCGCUUCCUCAAGGGUAUGCGUGUUCGCUGUGGAUACAUCGCGCCCAACAAGGGAAAUGGCAAGAAAGCUGAGAUUCUCAAUGCGGAGGCUACCGACCGUGGUCGCCAAUUCCAGAUCAAGGAGAUCAAGAUGCCAACCGAACUACCUCACUUCAACGUCAAAGACAAGGUCAAAGACUACAGCGUCGAGUCAUAUUUCCAAGAGUGCAAGUUUCAUCCACGAACGAGAUUGGAUGUCAAAGAGCUUGCAUAUCCCUGGCUACCAGUUGUAUCAGAUGGCCGGGGCCACUGGUACCCGCUCGAGAUGCUAUUCAACGACGAUCCUCAGACUUCUGAUCGGCUCACAUACCUCGUUCCGGAACUGAAGAGCAAGGGCAUGUAUCUACUCGAUGAUGAACACGAGGGAGAGAAGAAGAUCCGGAAGUCAGGUGCUGAUUUUCUGGCGCGUGUCAUUGUCCAGAAGACUCAGAAUAGCAACGGGGCAGACCUUUUCGAGACAGUCGGAGAUGCCGAGUUCGAAUUCAUCAACCCUGUCGAACAUGCCUUCCUCUAGGAGACUCGGGAUGUUGAUCUCGAGAAUUUUUCCUGUCAAGUUGUCAUCCAUUUUCUUUCUCAUUUCGUCUUGCGCUUACCGCGCUCGAACCUGUUCCACAGUCUGCCCUCAUGAGUUUCGUUAGUCUGAGUUUUCUCAUAGAUGUUCUACC